AUGCGUUUUCGCAAGUGGAUUUCCCGAGGAUUUCCGUCGCCCCUGCUCCCGGAAAGCUACGUGGGCCCGGCCAAGUACGUGACAUGGCACCCACCGACUUUCAGUCCUGAAAGCGUGGGAGGCACACGCUUCGGUUUCCCAGCGUGGCAGGAACUCUACGUGGGCCCAGCCAUGUACAUGGCGUGGCAGCCACCGCCCCCGGGCUUGGAAAGCAUUGUGGUCGUGGGCUUCAGUUUUCCGCCAAAGCCACCCCCGGAAUAUUACGUGGGACCGGUGUGGUUUGAUGUGAACGGCCCGCCACCACUACCGUGCUGCGCGGCCGCGUCAAUGUUUUCUCACCCACCCCCACCGAUGCGUCGAUCUGGUUCCGGUGCUCCGACCGGAAGUCAAAAUACGGCUCCGUCGUAA